AUGCAAUCGACCCAAUCUCGGCAACUCGCGACCAUUCACGUCACCACGUAUUUCCGACCGGGUCCGAUCUUCUGUCCCCCCUUUAUACCGCCGCCGCCACCGCCGCUAGGUGCCGCCGUUACCGCCGUCACCUCGCUGCCCUCCGUAGUCAGCCAACCGCCGCCUCCUCAGCCCCAGCCCACACAUUUCGGUUCGCAACCUUCCUUGCCUUGUCCUCAACCCUACCUUAACCACCACCAAUUCGCGACUCCCCUGUACCCGCCCAGUUCCCAGUCGACCCCGCCUUCGACGCCCUGUUGUAACGCCGCUCAACAGCUGUGCUACUGCGGUCACUGCACAAGCCUUCCGCCGACCCUGAUCCUCAGCCGUUUCACCGAGAUCAACCUCGGCCCAACCGCCCAACAACAGUUGCAGCAGCAGCAGCCGCCCUUCGGAUCGCUCAGCGGAAGCGACCCCACUCUCAACAUUCCCACCGGCAAAGAAAUCAUGGUAAGAUUGUUGACACAAGACACCCUGAUUCCACCACCACCACCAUCACAACACCUUCACCAUCAUCCCGCGGCGCAGCAGUUCUCGCAACCGCCUCCACCACCGCCGCCACUAAUCUACGACGGGUGCUUCUACGGCUACGGCUACGGCCAGCAGCAGCCGCCGCCGGUGAUCUUCGGACCAGCGCACCUGCAGGAACCAACCAUCAGUUCCACCGCCGCUAUCAGCUCGAUCACCUCUUCAGUACCCGAUCCUUCUGUUCCCACUGCUCUUCCUUCUAAUUCUGUUGGCGCCGCUGGCGCCGACUACUGCUCUCACUACUUCGCUGUUGCUGUUGCUGCUAGUACUGCUACUUCUUCUGCUACCACCACCACCACAACAUCUACUACCACUAAUAGCACUUCUUGUUCUUAUAAG